AUGCCGGAGCCAAGCGCCGUGUGGCUGGUGGACAUCAGCAAGACCAUCGAAUCCGCCAUUGGCGCUCUCGCGCGCGCUAACCUCGAUGCUAAGAGCCACAACGGCAGAGUACAACUUGUACUCGUUACAGUCACAGCAGGCAUGAGCGGGAGUGCCUCACCAGCGCACGGCAUGGCGGGGAAGAUGUCGUUCGCGCGGCAGCUGCAGGCACAGGCGACGAAGAGCGAGGAGGACGAGGUCUACCCCACCUCCGGCCGCAAGCAGAGCGCUGCAGACCUUGCCUCGCCCUCGACACGCCCAGCCAUUACGAUGCACACGGAGGCAGCGGAGGCAUGGGAGAGAGGGCUGUGCAUCGCAGCCGUCAAGUUCAAGGCGCAGCGGCUCUACAUCAGCAACACGCCGCCCCCUAAGAAGGCCAGUCGGCGCCUGUUCCGGAAGCACGAGCCCGCACCAAUCAUGGAUUUCCCGCUGGACCUCCUCCCCUCCACCUGCACGCUGCUCAUCCCCAAGGCCGACAAGCUCAUCACGCUCCAGGGCCACCUCAACGCAUCCGCACCGUCCAUCGAAACCCUCCUCCUGAUCAACGGCCUCGGUGCGCCCUCAGCGCUGCACAGCUUCAACGGCAGCAGAGGCCCCUCACCGUCCCGCAAGGGCCUGCCUCCUCUCUCCCCUCGAGGCUUCACCCCGCGCCUCUUCUCCCCGCGUACAGCCUCCCCCACUGAUACCACUGACCCCCAGCUGGGGAACCCCCACCACCAAGCGAAUUCUGCUUUUCAAGGGAAUUCCCUCCAAGGGGUUUCCCACCGUGUGGAGGUGUAUCGGCCGGGGCUGCCGCCGUCGCCGCCAGCUGUUUGCUCGCCGUCCACUGCAGCAGGCGUGGCGUAUUCUGCCGCACUGGCCUCAGGCUCAACGGCAGCUGCUGCUGCAGCACCACUGGGCAGUUCAUCCCUAUCCCCAUCCAGAACAGCAGCAGGAGGCGGAGCAGGGGCGACAGGGAUCGACCCUCGUGUGCAGCCCCCGUCCCCACGCAUCCACUUCCGCCCCUUCAACGUGUCGGCGUCCUUUGCCUCGCGCUCCAUCAAGCGCCGCAUCCCCUCUGCCUCCAUGCGCGCUGCCUUUGUGCGCCGCAUGCUCAGCCCCAGCGCCGCCCGCCGCGGCCGGGCAGGGGGAGCUGAUGGCUUGGAUAGCGACGAUAGCAGCGGCGGCGGCAGCACCCACUUCUUCAACCGCGCUAGAGGGUUCUCCCUUAGUAGCAGCUUUGGCAGCCACAGCGGGGGUGGUCCUGGCGCAAGCGGUGGCACCGCUGGUGCUGGUGGUGCGGCUGGCGCAGCUGGUGGUGGUGCUGGUAGUGGGGAGUUGCUGCGGUCGCGGCUGCAGAGGCAAAACUCCUUCUCCAAUCUCGAGGCGCUCAUGGCUGCUGGCACUUGCUCCGGCACCUUUGCUGUCGGCUCCGGCGCCCCCCUGCUCGGCACUGGCGGUUACUACGGUGACACUGAUUUCCCCACCACUGCUUCUAAUGGUGACGCUGCCGCUGCCGCUGCUGCUGCUAGUGCUGCUGCUGGUGCUGGAGGUAUUGCUGCUGGUGUCGGUGCGGGUGGGUUCAGUGGGGGUUCGUUGGCAGACGCGGUGCAGAGGGCGGCGAGGGCGGGGGCGAUGGCGGGGAGGGGGCGCAGCAUGAUUCCCCAGUCGGAGCCGCUGUGCCUGGGCAUGUCGGCUGCUGUUCUCAUGGACGACUCGGAUGAGGAGGACGAGGAGGAGGAGAGGGAGAGCGAGAGGGGGAGCGAGAGGGGGGAGGAGAGUGGGAGUGAGCGAGGAGGGAGUGAGAAGGCCGGGAGGCUUGGACUACAAUUGAAUCUGCGCGCGCGACCGCCAACACCUCCCAAAUCCCCUGUGGCACGGUCCAUGGCAAGCUGCUCUGUCAGCAGCGCUGCCAGCAUUCCCGAGCUGGAGGAGGGCGAGGAGGAAGAGGACGAGGAGGAUGCAGGGAACGAGGUCCUGCAACGCACCACAGCCAGCCACAGCAUGAGCACGGCACAGCCUGCGCACCAAGCCAGCUUCACGGGCUCGGAUAGAGGUUCAGCAGGACCGUCUCCUCCCUCCAACCUGCCAGCCACACCACCCCGGCCUCACAGUUCCUCCCGCGCAUUCCCCAACCGCCGCUCUCCACCAUCUGCCCUCUCUGCCCUCCCCAAUUCUCCUCCUAUUUCCACUUCCUCCAAAUCGCCUCCCCCUCAGGCACCCAUAGCCCUUCUCAUCCCCAGCAACCCUCUUGAGACUCUUGAGACAGCGUUUAGCAGCCCGCAGCUAUCCCUGUCACCGUCCAGCCCCCACGACCCUGCGCAAGCUCCCACCACCCCUCGCCUGCCCAAGUCACCUGGUACCCCCACCAGUUUUCCCUCCCAAGCACCCACCACCCCUCGCCUGCCCAAAGCGUUUUCCAACCCCAACCCGCCCACAACCCCACCCGGACUUGCCCUCACCAAAUCCUCCUCCAUCUCGGCCCUUGCCCAGCUGCCCGCCAGCCCUAAGGGCGUGUUGGGUGCCGUGCACAUGCCCUCCACCCCUCAGGGUGUGCUGGGGGCUGCGCACAUGCCAUGCACCCCUGACGCCAUGCAGUUGCCCUCCACCCCUCGGCCUGUGCUGGCUCCUCUGUGCGGGGCAGCCCUUGACUUGAAUCAGGAUUCGCCUCAGGACUUGCUUCAAGACUCUGCAUACACUUCUCUCCCCGAGGUGGAGAGCCCCUGCAGCAUCAGCAGCCGCAGCAGCAGCGGUGGUACCACCAGUCAGCGCAACAACUGGAGUAACGGUAACCGCCACAGGGGCAGUUUGGACUGUGCAGCCAGGGAGAGGGAGAGGGAGAGGGUGAGGGGGGAGGAGGAGCAAGAGGAGGGUAUCACGUUUGUCACUGGCGAGUUCUCAACCAAGUACUCCUCCAGCAGCCUCUCAGCCUGGUCGCCUGCUCGCUCUGAGGCCAGCAGCGCCUCCCGUCUCUUCCGAACCGAAUCCCGAACCUCCACCGAGUCCUCCCGACCCUCCACCGAGUGCCGGACCUUCUCCCGAGCCGAGAUCCUCCAGGCCACCGACCACUUCUCCCCGAAAACCAUCCUCACUAAAACCGUCCUCGGUACUCUCCACAAGGGCACGCUCUUCGGCUCUACCGUCGCCGUGAAACGCCUCGAGCACGCAAGCUCAUGCGAGGAAGAAGAUUUUCAGCGAGAAGUGAGCAUACUGUCCAAAGUUCGCCACCCGCACGUAGCCCUCAUGAUGGGGCAGUGCCCCGAGGAGCGCUGCAUAGUCUACGAGCACCUCCCAGGCGGCUCCCUCCUCGAGCGCCUCGCCAAAACCCCCGGCGCCAAGCCGUGGGCCCCGCUGACGUGGCACGACCGGAUCCGCGUGUCGUGCGAGCUGGCGGCAGCCCUGGUGUUCCUCCACUGCCACGACCCGCCCAUCGUCCACGGGGACUUGCGACCGGAAAAUAUUCUUCUGGACAGAAACAAGCGCAGCAAGGUGGGCGAUGUGGGGAUAGCCCAGUUCGUGGGGCAGGGCGAGGUGCUGCCUGAAACCUGGCGUUUGUCUGGCUCCGUGGGGUACAUAGACCCGUCUGAGAUGCAGACCGGGGAGGUGACGGGGAGGAGCGAUGUGUACGCGCUCGGGUUGAUAAUCCUGCAGCUGCUUCUCGGGCAGCCGAAUAUUCGCGCGCUGCACAAGCAGCUGAUGCCGUUCAAGCGGGCGGGCGGGGCAGUGGAGGCAGCCGUUGAUGAGCUAAUGUGCUGUUUAGAUCCUGCGGCUGGGAUUUGGCCGCGGAAGGUGGCGGAGAGGAUGCUGGCGAUGGCGCUGCUGUGUGUGCUGAACGAUGCUGAGGCUCGGCCGGACUUUGUGGGGUGUGUGUUUCCGGAGCUGAGGCAUGUGGGGCAGUGGGCUGAGGCGGAGAGGAAGCGGCGGUGCCCGGGGCAGGAGGAGAAGCUCAUGUGCCCUUUGAGCAAGACUCGAAUGCAGGAUCCUGUGAUUGCUGCUGAUGGCUACACGUACGAGAGGAGGUGUAUAGAGGAGUGGUUCAAGGACAGCAGUGUCUCCCCCAAGACUGGCAAGCCCCUGUCUCACAAGGCAUUGAUUCCGAACCUCACUAUACUGGCCUUUGUGAACAGCUAA